AUGGGACGUUUCCAGGAAUAUCAGGUCAUCGGCCGCAAGCUGCCGUCCGAGAAGGAGCCGCAGCCCAAGCUUUACCGCAUGAGGAUCUUUGCGCCCAACGAUGUUGUCGCCAAGUCCCGCUUCUGGUACUUUUUGCGAAAACUGCGCAAGGUCAAGAAGGCGACUGGUGAAGUGGUUGCCGUCAACGUCGUACGUGGCCCUGGUCCAUCGUCCAGCCUGGCUCGCCCUCGCCUUCGCCGCCGCCGCCGCGGUGCCAGCAGUCUGCUCUCAUACUGAUCGUAGGCUCUUCGCAUCUCCCUACAGAUCAGCGAGAAGAAGCCCCUUGUCGUCAAGAACUUCGGUAUCUGGCUCCGCUACGAUUCGCGAUCGGGAACCCACAACAUGUACAAGGAAUACCGUGAGCUGACCCGUGCAGACGCCGUACACGCCUGCUACCAAGACAUGGCUGCACGUCACCGUGCUCGCUUCCGUUCGGUUCAGGUUAGUACUUUUCAGUCCCGGUAUCGCGUCGUGGCAGGCAGUGUUCUCCGCCGGCAGCCUUCACCCCUUCCCUCCGGCCGUUCACUUUCUGCUGCACGGUUGAUCCGUAUGGCCUCGCAGGCUCGAGUCCGAGCCAUGAAGCUCACUGGGUGCCCUUUUUGUGCCACGGUUCUAGAUUCUUCGCGUGGCCGAGAUCGAGAAGAACAGCGACGUUCGCCGCCCCAAUAUCAAGCAACUCAUCACCCCGAACCUUCGCUUCCCCUUGCCCCACCGAGUCGUCAAGAGCCGCAGUUUGUUCCUCGCCAACCGACCAUCGACCUUCUAUUAG